AUGGUAUGGGUCAACCUCACACUGAGCCCUGCGCCCGACCCGCCCGAGGGCCUCGCGGGCGCCGCGCCAUCUCACGGCAAAUAUGUCCCCCCGCGGAAAGCGCGACAGAAAACGCGCCGAGGGGGCACCUCUUUUGGCAGUGUGACUAGGAGAGAGACCACGAAAAACAGCGCACCUGUCAGCUACGUCUAUGCAAGAGCUGGCGAAGACGGAAGGCUAGCCACUAUUACGCCGUGCAAGUUUCCACAGCUUGACAACAUCCCCGACGACAAAUCAAACAUUUUCUCUCCCAAUACACACGGCAGCGUUAUGACAUCGCACACGCCUUCCUUGCCAAAGCUAAAUACAGCCACUGGUCAAUACAGUGUGUCCAAGUACCCCAGUGAAUCUACUACCAUGGUCACCUACGCUGCAAACUUUGCUGAUGCAUCCCGGCAGUACGCCGCUUAUCCAGAGGCCGCGGCUGCUCCCCUGCCAGAUUGGCUCGAUUUCCUUAGUCCUGAUGUCACCGAUCACCAGGGCAGUGAUUCAGUGCCGUUGCCUUCCCCGACGCUGCCGAUGUUGCCGCUCGACGUCAUGAAUGUGCUGGGAUCGACGUCGCCUCCUCACAAGCGUCGCUGUGUCUCGACCACGCCUGAAUUUGGCCAAAAUUUGUAUCCGUCACCAACCCAGGCGGCAGCGCAAGUUCAACCCUCGCAGUUUAAUUACGAGUACCAGGCGUAUGCCUACCCUGCCUCGCCUGCUCAGUCCUUCCCCAACCCCGUGGUGCCGGUGGCUCCCUCAGAAGUCCCACAUGACAAGGGGCACACAGUGUACCAAGCCAGUGUGUGCGUCCCCUCGACGGCUCCUGCUCCCAUGGUGAUCAACUCCGCUCUCGGGCCCGUGGCUGUGUCUUACAACUUGCCUGCUGCUUUUAAGGGCCGUCGUCCUCCUCGCAGGAGAAGCAAGAACGCGGAGUGCCAGGUGUGCCAGAAGAAGUUCGACAGCCGGUACAAGCUGAAGGCGCACAUGAAUUCACAUCUGAAUAAACGACCCUUCGUGUGUGAUAUCUGUGGCCAGGCCUUCCUCAGGAACCAUAACCUGGCGUCCCAUCGUCGAACGCAUGAAGUUGAGUAUGCAUACUGCUGUCAACAUUGUAACCGUGGCUUCAGGCGGCCGGCGGAGCGUCUUCUUCACCUGUUGCUGAAAGUUUGUCAACGACAGGUUAAUCUGAUACGGCGAACCACUCAUGGCUGGAACUGUCAUGUUUGUAAUGUCACGUUCGGCGAUCUUUCUGCUGUACAAGAACACGUUCAACUACACAAGCUGAAUGAUGGACCCCGACGUGCCUGUCCUGUGUGUCAUAUUCUGUUUACUGGACAGCGCGACCAUAAGAUCCUUGCACAUGUUAAGGCUUACCACCCGGACUACUUGAGAAACCUUGGCUAG